AUGUCUCUGAAGAAAACCGCAUCAGAAUCUUUCACUGUAUCCGAUAGACAUAAAGAAAUGUUCAGAACUGGAGUUUUGGCUUAUCAAGUACCGGAUAAAUCUCUGUAUCCAAGGGAUGGUAAAUUGGAAAAAGACGAAAUGAAACAAGUUUCAACUGAUCUAAGGAAAGAAACUGAUUACGUGCCACAAUCAAGCAGUUCUAGUAUGAGAAAAGUAGAAAAGGAAACUAGUUCUGAGCUAAAAGCAGAAAAUAGUGUUUUAAAAGCGAUCACAAAAUAUAGAAAGCAUAUAGAAGAGGCAAAGCAAAAAGAAACUGGUGACGUUCCAAAAUUUAUUAAAUAUUCUUUGAGUGAUUAUGAAGAAAACAUUUUAGCAAAUGGGGGGAAAAGAAAAUCAGAAGAAACAUUGAAGAAGCACUUUAUCGAAGAAUUAAAGAAAGGCGAUAAAAUAAAAACUGAGAUUAAUGAUAUAGUUUCAGAUGAUUCAAUAGUUCAGGAGAGAUCAUCGUCAUUACUAAAAUCACACAUAGAAAUUCCUGAACGACACUUUGAGAGCACAAAACGAUUAGAAACAAUAAAAGAUAGUGCUUUUCGUUCAGAAAUACUAGCGUCUGACUCCCUUAUUGAUGAGGAAACCACCAAGUAUCCAUUACACAUUGGCAUUACAGAUAAGCCUAGCGGUUUAACGUUGCUUGAAAAAGAAGCUCCCAUAUUUUCAAACGAAGCAGUUGAUGAAUCUAUCACUUUCAAAGAUAAGAAAAAAAUUAUGAAUGGUACGAGAAGUGAGGAAGAAUAUUCGGAGAACGGCAAAAUUUGUUCAAGGGAUGAAGAUAAAAAAUAUUUUCCUCUAAAAUCUGCAGUUCGAAGUUGUUCAAUUGAAAAAGGAACUUUAGACAUUAUGAUUGCUAGAAGGGAGCAAAAAAGAAGUUCUGAUCUGAACCUUAAUAAAGACGUAAGUGGAGUGGAUAAAGGGACUGUUUCCGAUGGUGAACUAAUACCAGAAGGAAAAGCUGGGUCAAAAGAACAAGAGUUUUCAAAUGUAAGAAAACGCAUGAAAGUUAAGACACAAGUGCCUGCAAAAAUGAAGGUUAUGACCAUAUAUGAAGCUGGUAAAGUGAAAGAUCGGGAAAAUUUGGAACAACCAAAAGGAAAAAUGGCACAUUCUGAAGAAUCUGAAUUGUUACCACAAAAAGACACUGCAAUCAAAGAUAUUGAAUAUAAUGGGCAACAUAUUCGAAGGGACAGAGAUAAAAGUUUUGGGAAAGACAUACCUUGCACACUUAGUGAUAGAUUCAUGGAUGAAAAAGUAUUUGAUAAGACAAAAACAGAUGAGAAAUUCAAAAAGCCUGUUUAUUUAAAAGAAAAAGGUUCGAGUGCAAGAGAUUACACUAUAUCAGAAUUUUACAAACCAGAAGAAGUGAAAUUCUUAGACUAUGAAAGUAGUAAUUACAGGACGAAAGAAUUUGAUAAAGAAUUUGAGGUUAAAGACACGAAGAAAAGAAGUGUUGCUGCAAAAGCUGCUGAAAAAUCCGAUUAUGACAUUAGAUACAAACUAGAUGAAAAAUUAUUGGUUUCUAAACACAAACUAAAGGAUAAGAUUGAAACUGAUUCUGCUUUAAAAGAUAAAUAUCGUCAAAAAAUUGGUUUCUCUGGAAAAAUUCAAGCAACUAAAGUUCCAAAGUCAAAAAGUGACUACAACAUACUUUACGAUGAGGGCAAAUCCAAAACUAAAGUUCUUCCAGAUGAAAAACAGUUGGAAAAAAAAACUAUUGAUUCAAGCAAGAUCAUGUGCAAAGACAUACAAAAAAUAAAAUCCUAUGAUCCAAAACUACUAGAAAUUGAAAAAGAUGUUGACUCUGGAAUCGAUGAAAUAAUUUCAAGCACCGACUCUUUAUCAUCAAAAUCGUAUGUAAAUGGAAAGAAAUCCAGUAUUUUUGAGGACUCCGUUUGGAAAAAUGUUCAUGAAAAAGUAAUACCACCCAAAUCAAUCAAAGGAAAGGGUGUGCCUUUAGAGGAAUGUAGUGGUAAGACAAAACAUUCUGUUUCUUUGCAAAAAGUUGGAAAAGAGAAAGAAAAGCGGUUAAUUUUAAGAAAAGAACGAGUGAGAGAUUCUGAAAGUCCUAGCCAGUUAAAAAUGCCUCCAGAGGUAGAAAGACAGAUUGUAAUAGAUAAACGAAUAGCAAAGGACGAAAAACAACCAAAUGCUUCUAGGCUACCUUUCUUGUGGCCAGAAAAGUCUCCAAGUAGAUUGACCCAGGAAAGAAAGUCGUUCUUGCCAGAACGAGGACGAGAUCCUAUUAACGUAGAAAGCUUUGUUGAUUUUACACGUGAAAACUCUAAACAUAAAUUUGGGUAUAAGAUAAAACCGGAAGGAAUAUUAGUUGAACAAUAUUCGGAUUUAGUGCAGUCAUUAAGCGUGGAAGGCCCAAGAUCGGUUAAAAGUUUUGAGACGGUGAAAGGUGGCAUAACUGUGGCUACAGAUGAUCCUCAUCAGCGGUUUUAUGUAGAUGAUCAUGUUGAUGAAAUAAGGAAAGAUGAAGGAACUAAAUUUGGUCCAACAGUAAGCCCUAGAGGCAGCAGAAAAUGUGAAGAAGGUGUAAUUAGGAAAGACACAAGCAUGGAAAAGCUGAAACCGUCAUCGAGAAUAAUGAAAAAGCAUGAAAUUCUGGAGCAUGUUUCAGAUGGGAUAAGAAAAACUGUUUCGUCAGAAGGACUCGAUAAUGAAGUUAAAGAAGAAAUUUUACGUAAGCUGAAAGAUGAAGGUUUGCAUGAUGUGGAGAAAGAUGAUUUGCGUCGGGUGAAGAAAGAAGACUUUCAAAGAGAGGAGGACGACAUGCAUGGGAAGAAGGAAAGAUUUCACAAGAAGGAAGAUUUGCAUAGAGAGAAAAAAUAUUUCGAUUUAGAAAUGCCAGAGUGCAAAGAAAAUACUCGUUUAUCAAAAGGAGUUAGUUAUAUAAAAAAGAAGAAAGACACAGAAAGAUAUGGAGAUGACAUUAAAACACCAGUUUCAGGGACUGAAUUAGGUUAUAAGAAGAAAACUAGAUCAGAGGAAAUAAAGGAAUAUAAUGGGGAUAAAACGAUCGCGCUUAAUUUAUCAAAAGAAAAGGAACAUAUGAGACAGAAUGAUAUUUUACAUGAUACGGAUUUUAAGAAGGGAAUAAGUAGGGACUUAACAAAUAUUGGUAAACAUAAAGCAAAAGUACCCAUAAAGAAAAAUUCUCUUCAGAAAAUGGCAAAAAUAGAUUUUUCAGAGGCCCAUAAACACGCUAAAAAACUUGAUAUUGAACAAGAUAUUGACUACAAAAAACAGCAGGUUGAUUCUGAGGAAGAGUCUUAUGACCAGGAGAGAGAUAUUUUCUCUGGCGAAGAUCAUCAUAAGAAGAAAGUGAAAGAUUCGCAAACUUGGAACAAGAAAGAAUUUUUGCGAGAUCCUGGUACGAGUAAGACUUAUUUCUUCAAAAAGCCUCGAGUUAAGAAAACGAUAACAAAAGAAUCUGAAGGCACCCUGAAAAACUUAGUUUUACUGAAAACACCACUAUCUGAAGAAAAUGUUAACUCAAAAGAUAUAACAGCAAAAAAAGAUUGUUUGAAACAAAUUAGGUCUGAAAGUCAUGUAGAUUCCCCAGAUGAAGCUAUACUUAUUAUUAAAAGAGCAGAUAAGUUUAAAGAAAACAAAUUUGAUAAUACAUUAGAUUCACCUAAAGAUCAUAAAGAUACGAUGCUUAGAUUCAGCGGAUACAAACGUGGGGAGGUGACUGACAGUCCAAGGAAAUAUGAGGAGAAGAAGCAAGAAAAAAAGGAGGUAAUAGAAUCUGAAGCUUCAGACUCGCCAAUACCAUCAAGUGAACAAUAUGAAAGGCUACAUCGUCCUUUAUCAAUAGAAAUAUUUACUGGCACAUUCAAAGAAAGAGGAGUUGACGAAAAACCUGUUCCUCUUCUUGAAACAAAAUCAGAGAAUGUUCUACUUUCACUUAGCAAAAAAGAUUUAGGUAGUAAAAAAUCUAUUGUUACAUCAAGAACAUCUCACCCAUGUGAAUCAGGAGAAUUUGAAGUUGGAAGUACUAAAGUUAUCAAAAUGGAAGGGAAAAAGCAGACGAAAAAAUAUAGUGAGCGGUUUAAAGUCGAAAUGGUUCCUGAGGAAGAAAACAGAGACUUACACAAACAUAGAAAACGAAAAAAAUAUUUGAAGAAAAAUUACUUGGAUGUAGAUAGAGACCUACAAAAACAACUAAAAACGAGAGAAAUAAGGUACUUGUAA